AUGCUAUACGGUGACAACAAACUCUACGAGAGGGCUCUAGAAUCACACAUUCGACAUGGAGAGCAAUGGGGCUAUCCCACAUACAUUAAGCGACAAAACGAGUACUGCGGAUACUGGAACAAACCAACCUUCAUGAUUCAACAAGUCGCCCAGGAACUCGCAAAACCAGAGUCUCGGAGAGCAGAAUGGUUGAUGUGGGUGGACGCAGACUCCAUCAUCCUCAACCCAAACAUCCCAGCCCACAUCUUCCUCCCACCCCGCGAAUUCUCCCACAUCAACGUCGUCGCAGCACGCGAUAUCCAGGGCCUAAACACCGGUGUCUUUUUCGUCCGCGUACAUCCCUGGACAAUCUCAAUGUUUGUAGACGGCAUGGCCUUCCCCCUCUGCAACCCCAAAGUCGAACUCGGAAAUGACGCCGAUCAAGCCGCCAUGGCCCGCACCAUCGAAAAGUCCUCUGGUGGUCCUGAUGGUUAUGGAUUCAAGAGAGGAAUCGUCUACUUGCCCAGAAGCAUGUUCAAUGCCUAUGAAUUGCCUGGAUACAUGAGAGAUGGCAGAACAGAUGUACUAAGGAACUUUACUGGAUUCGUGGAACCACACGCCUAUGAAGGCAAGCAAGGCGAUUUUCUCGUUCAUCUGCCUGGAUUGUUCGGAGAUCGUGAGCCGCUCAUGUCAGAUUGGCUGGACUUGGUCGAGAACCGUCAAGGCGAUUGGGCUUUGCCGCUGGAGCAAACGACAUAUGUUCAAGACACGCAAGCUUUCUGGAAACUCUACGGUGAAGCGGUUGCUACGAUCAAGGAAGCGCUGAACAGAGAAGCUGUCGACAAGGAUAUGAGAAACGCGGUUGGACAACUCAGAGAUGCGUUGAGUGAAGAAGCGGAUGACUCUAACAGAAUUGUCGAGUGCAUGGCCGACCUUAAGGAGCUUCUUCAUCAGGCCACCUUUGUUGAUGAAUGA